AUGGAUUAUCAACAAUAUAGUAUACAAUCAUUAAUAAGGAAUGCUUACACAUUAGGCAAUCAAGCUAUUAAAUAUUUAACGCCAUCAUUCGAUACUUGCUCACCUACAUCACCAUCAACACCAAUAAUGUCCACAACAACAUCUACAACCUCAUACCAAAUACAACAACAACAAACAACAAGAAGACUAUAUACCUACGACAAAGAAAUGAUGAUCAAUGGUCAACAACAACAACAACAGGUAUUGGAUGGAAAUGUAGGAGGAAGUUGGAGAAGUAGUGUUGAUCACUGUCCUGCCAUUGAUGGACAACAUCAACAACAACAGAUGUCGAUGUGCGCCAAUGACUCACAACAAUAUAUGUCCGCCGCCGGAUCUUCUUCCUACCAACCAUACCCAUCACCUCCAUCCUCCGCCUUUGUCACUCCAUCUUACGACGACCCAACUGAUACCGACCAUCUUGCUUCACAACCACUGGACACACAAGACUUUGCCGCAAUUCCUUUGUUCAAUGUCGAUGUCGACAACAUCCAAGAGGACUCAUUCUCAAUGUCGGCCGGCAGCCUCGACGACAUUGACAUGUACUUUCACCAGGACAAUCAAUUCAUUGUCAUCCCAUCCGAUAUCGACUUCUACGUCCACAGAGUGAUGUCAUGGCUCUCCACCUAUGACAAUGCUCACUUUGUACAAAGUGACCAACACGACACCAUGGAACAAAUCAAGAUUGCAUUGAGCACUGCCAAGAACAUACUGGAAUCCUACGAGACACCUAUGACAUUCUUCCCAUUAGUAGUUUACUAUGCUGACAAGUUUGUCAAGCGUUGUGGAAUUAAUCACAAUCAAUUCUUCAAUCUAUUAUUCAUCAGUGCGGUGAUAUGUGUCAAGUUCUGGGGAGAAUCGAUCAGAGUUGACUAUUCAUACCUGGCCAAAUGUUUCAGUUGUUCAAAGAAGGACCUUUGUCUUGUGGAACGAUUGUUCCUGAGAGGAAUCAAUUAUGAACUCUACACAUUGAUGCCAACCGUCAAGGAAUUCCUGGACGACAUUGAGAAGGAAAGAAUGGCCCUCAGCAGA